AUGAAUCCAACGAGUUCAUUUCCGAAGUUAUCAGUCGAAGAACUAGGAUUAAACAAGAAGUGCAAAGAAGGAAGAGCUGACAGUGAUUCUUAUCAGCAGAAUGAUCAAUAUUUGACGCGAUUUAUUCUAUCAUAUGGUGAACUUCACGAGAAACAGCUUCACUUACUUCGACAUCCAAAGACGGGCAGUGCAACACUGUAUGCAAUUGGAAAUGAAAGAGUAGAAGAAUUGUUGAAGUUUGAUGACGGUUUCAGGUCAGUUCUGCUUGGCAAUAAUGUGGUUAGUAAUGGCUCAUUAAUUUUAUUGGUACCAGUGAGCCCCGUACUGCUAUUGCUACCUUAUUUGCGAAAAUUUGCGAAGGAUAAUUACGUAUCACUAAAGGAAAUUUUAGUGGAUGAUUAUUUUCCAUCAAUAAAAUUGCUUGAGAAUGUUAAAGCUGUAAAGUCAUCGUUGAAGCAUGCUUGUCAUUGUAAAGAGAUAUCAAGUAUUGAAACAUACAAAUACAGUGAAUCCUUGCUGAUGGAUUAUAUAAUGAACAAGAUAAAGUUGUUGAAAAAAUCUGAUCAUUAUAAAUCAGAUUCCGAUUGUGCUGUUCGAGGUAUUUUGGAGGAGAACCUCCCGGCUAAUAUACUGAGGUUGGUAGAAAUCCACGAAGGAAAUGAAGAUGCGCCAUCGAAUAAACGCCGAAAAAAACAGCAUUGCAGGGAAGGGGGAGAAAAUAACUGGAAAUGA